CGAACUCGUUAUCUGCAGUUCACCGCGGUAAAAAAUACAACAGUUCGUUUCUAGCGAGAGUUAGUUUUUUAUAAAAUGAGUUUUUUAUAAUUUGAAAAAAAAGUGAAAAUUUUGGUUCAUUAUGAGUAAAGUGCGUCGGUUAUCUUUUCACUCGAAAUUUUCCGCUGUUUAUGAAGUUAAUGGCGAUGGAGGUAGCGGUAAAAUAUCGAGGUGUGCCCAGAGUGAAUUAUGCGAAAAAACUGACACCGCUGCGACAACUUAUUCUUCAUGUAGUAAAGAUGUCCAGGUGAUCGGUGAAAGGAUAGCAAAACAUGAGAGUCAAAUUUUGGAGUCUUUGAAAAAUUCUGAAUGUAUGGUUGAACAUUCGAUGGAAACUGGAGCUGCUACAGCUAAAGAAUUGCAUCAUCAACGAGAGCAACUAGAAAGGACUAACUGUUGUUUGAAUGAAAUCGAUGACGAUUUACGUACCAGUAAAAGACAUAUCAGAUCAGUAUCGAGUUUUUUCGGUGGUAUGAAGAACUAUGUUUCUGGUAAGGCUAGCAAAGUGACUUAUAAAUUUAACCGAAAGUCUCGUGAAAUUCCAAGUGAAGUUCAACGAAAAGAUGACGAUGAUGAUGACGACGGCAUUGAUAAAAUUGAAGUAUCGGAAGAUUCUGGCGUUGAAUGUGUCUCUUAUCGCAGUAGAAGUUUCGACGAGGUGGAUAAUUUCAAUGAUGCUGUGAACUGUCAUUUGAAUAAAAUUAACAAUGGUUUGGAAGCACUCAAAGGUCUAGCUGUUGGUUUGGGCGAUGAAUUGGAUUCACAGAAUAAAUUAUUAGAUGAACUAAAUACUAAGACGGAGAAAGCUGCGAUGGAAAUGGACAGACAGGCAAAAAUCGUUGAUAAAUUAUUAAAAUAAGCUGUUUCGUAUCUAUCAAACAAUUUUUUUUCAAUUUUUUAAUUUACUCCUGACUUAAAAUAAACUGUGUUAAGUAAGUACUAAGUAGGUACUUAAUUCUGAAAUUGUGAGCAACAUUUUUUUUUUUUUUACCAAAAUGUUUUUAUUGAAACUUGCAAAUCAUUUUGCACAAAUUUUGAAAUUUUCUCAAAAAAAAUUGCACUUUAACCUACGUAAUUUUCUGACUUACGAAAGUUACUUUACAUGAAGUUUUAGUUGAAAUCAAAAAAGAUUUAUUUGAUCUAAAUCAAUUGUUCUUUUAUUGAUCUAUACAGUUUUGUAUCAGCUUAGAAUCUAUCCUCUACAGCUGAUGAAUUAAUUCCAUAUUUUUUAAUUUUCAUUAGUUCAAAACAAGUUGUGCCGAACUUCCCUUCAUUGAAAAAUGAAAAAAAAAAUGUAGGUAAGGACUUAAUUCAUUCAAAAAUCCUCUAUUUUUGUCUCAAAAUUUUUCUUAAUAAUCACCCUUUCGAGAAAAGACUUUUCUGAAUCUCUCGAGCUAUUUUGGUUCUCUUGUAUAAAGCUCCUAAAUUUGAAAAAAAAAAAUGAAUAAAAAUUUGAAUUUUUUCUACUUAGUUCAAAAAAUAUUUUUUAAUCCAAUUUAUUCAAAAAGAUUUUCAUUUUUGACAUUAGAAUUUGUCCAAAUAUCUUGCCUUUUCAAGAAAAAACUUCCCCAGGUUCUUCAAGCUUUUUUUUGGCCACCUUGGGCCUAAUUUAGAACCUGUCAAGAUGGAGAAAAUGAAAAAAUGAAAAAAUAAUGAAAUAAGUAAAUAAAUAAAGUCAGAUGUUCUUUUUGGAAAUUUUUUAUUUUUGAUCAGAUAGGUAGAUACGUGUUGGAAUUUCUUGUUUGAAAAUUUAUUAUUUCUGGUCAAAAUCCAUAACUACCUUUUCAAGGAAAAAUAUCCUUCGGGGCCCUUUUUGUUUGGUUUGUAAACUUCACAUUUACAAUAAUCUAGGUACAUAAAUUCUUAUCUGAUCAAAAAUAAAAAAUUUCCAAAAAGAACAUCUGACUUUAUUUAUUUACUUAUUUCAUUAUUUUUUUAUUUUUUCAUUUUCUCCAUCUUGACAGGUUCUAAAUUAGGCCCAAGAUGGCCAAAAAAAAAGCUUGAAGAACCUGGGGAAGUUUUUUCUUGAAAAGGCAAGAUAUUUGGACAAAUUCUAAUGUCAAAAAUGAAAAUCUUUUUGAAUAAAUUGGAUUAAAAAAUGUUUUUUGAACUAAGUAGUGGAUUUUCGGCACGACUUAUAAUACGAAGUUGAAGGACUGAAAUUUUGGAGAAUUAAACUAAAAAUCGACAACUUUGUGGGAUGGGUAACAAAAAAAAAAUUUACGAGUGCAAAUUAAAACUAUUUUAUUUUGUAAUAUACCUAUCGAUAGUUUACUUUUACCUUUUUGUAAUAGUAAUACAAUACAGUUUACCGACUGCA